AUGACGGUGUCGAGGGGGCAACCAUUGGCCAUUUCCUGCAACAUCAGCUCUGGUCCACCAGCCUCCAUCACCUGGCAGAGAGACGGCGAGGAACUGCCCAUCAAUUCUAGAUACCACAUCCUGGAGAGUCAAUUGUUAAUAACAGACGCAAGUCCAGAAGAUGCCGGCACUUACAGGUGCAUAGCCACUAACCAGCUCGCGAACCGGAGCCGGGCGAGCCAUUUAGGCAAGCUGGACGUGGUCAGCGCAGCCGAAGAGCGGGCCGGCCUGCUGCCGCUGCACCACGCCGCCCAGGUAGCAGCGCCGAGGGGCUCCCGCGUGGCGCUCCCCUGCGCCGUCCUCGGCUGGCCCAGACCCAAGCUGGUCUGGAAACUGGCUCCGCCGCACGCCAGGAUCAGGGAGCUCGAAGAGACCGACGAAGUGCUCAUCCUCCGCAGCCUGGAGGUAGACCAAGAAGGCGUCUACACCUGCUCCGUCGAGGGUCACGCCAACCUGAUGAAGGGACUGGUCGUAACUGGGUUCCUGCUCUUCAAUAUUCAGACCUUCAACGUGACCGUCACCGAGCCAGUGAGUAUAACGCUCCCGCCGACUUCGAAGGAGGUGUUGCGAGCCAGCACCGUGCGCUUCAACUGUACAGCCGUCGGCAGGCCCGAGCCAGUGGUCACGUGGUACAAAGAUGGCCGACCUCUGCUACUGGCGGGCAGGAUUAAUUUGCGGACAUCCGCCGACGGGAGCCGAAUAGAAUUGGUCAUAAGCGGAGUGACGUCAGACGACGCAGGCGUGUACCAGUGCUUCGCGCUGGGCGGCGCGUCGCUGGCGUCGGCGUGGGCGGCGCUGAACGUGACGGGCGCGUGGGCGGCGGCGCCGGGCGCGCUGCGCUGCCUGCCGCGCGGCACGCGCCGCGUGGCGCUGCGCUGGCAGCCGGCCGCCGCGCACGUCGUCGCCUACACGGUGGACACCACGCCCAGAGAUAAGCCAGGGGUGGCGCUGACCGGCCAGCCGCACACCAACACCGAAGACGUCAUCACCGUCCAGGAGCCGCUCACGCCAUAUCUCUUUCAAGUCCGAGCGUAUAUACCAACGUUGAGCAAGAAGAACGUGGCGAGCGAUAUGUCGGAGAGCGUCGUUUGCCAGGGUCAGGGAGUGCCGAUAAAGCUCUUGAGGCUGGGUGACGCUGUGUCGGUGACGUGGCGGCAGUUCGCUGAGGAGAACCCUGGCGUGGUGGAGUGGAUCCUGCAGCUCAGGGCGGAGAACAGCACAGAGGAGCGCAACGUCACGCUGCCUGCCCAGGUCACCGAUUACACGUUACCCGCGGGCCCCGAAGCGGCGUGGGUGCGCCUCCUGGGCAGCCGCAGCCGCGACUGGCUCCCCCAGGACCUGAGCCUGCUGCCCUGGACCGCCGCCAAGGCCGCUGACCAGCCGCCCUCCAGAGACGUGACGGCGGUGCCCCGGGAGGUGAGGGUGUCGGAAGUCGGGAGCCACGGCUUCACCGCGAGGUGGCGCUGCGACGAGGCCGACUCCUCGCCGGAGAGGUACAGCUUCAAGGUGUGCAUCAAGAAGGUCGAUGGUGCCGAGGAGUGCCAGGACAGCUACAAAAAUAGCGCGACGGUGGAUGGGUUGCAGCCGGGCAGCGAGUACGAGGUUCGGAUCCAAGCCGUGGUCCAGGACCGAGGAGUGGGCGGAGCCUUCAGCGACCCCGUGAAGGUCACCACGCAACCUGAAGGUCCGUGGCAGGUGGGCGAGCUGAGCUACUCGUUCGUGAACCUGUCUGCGGUGGUGGUGAGGUGGCGCGGCGCGGCGGCGCGCUACACCGUGCGCCACAGCGCGCGCCUGCGCCUGCCCGUCGAGCAGUGGGCCGCGCUCUCCACCGCCGGCACCGAGGCGCUGGUGAGUCCCUUACGGCUUCUUUCGCCUCUCACUCGCCUCGAGCAGUGGGCCGCGCUCUCCACCGCCGGCACCGAGGCGCUGGUGAGUCCCUUACGGCUUCUUUCGCCUCUCACUCGCCUCGAGCAGUGGGCCGCGCUCUCCACCGCCGGCACCGAGGCGCUGGUGAGUCCCUUACGGCUUCUUUCGCCUCUCACUCGCCUCGAGCAGUGGGCCGCGCUCUCCACCGCCGGCACCGAGGCGCUGGUGAGUCCCUUACGGCUUCUUUCGCCUCUCACUCGCCUCGAGCAGUGGGCCGCGCUCUCCACCGCCGGCACCGAGGCGCUGGUGAGUCCCUUACGGCCUCUUUCGCCUCUCACUCGCCUCGAGCAGUGGGCCGCGCUCUCCACCGCCGGCACCGAGGCGCUGGUGAGUCCCUUACGGCCUCUUUCGCCUCUCACUCGCCUCGAGCAGUGGGCCGCGCUCUCCACCGCCGGCACCGAGGCGCUGGUGAGUCCCUUACGGCCUCUUUCGCCUCUCACUCGCCUCGAGCAGUGGGCCGCGCUCUCCACCGCCGGCACCGAGGCGCUGGUGAGUCCCUUACGGCCUCUUUCGCCUCUCACUCGCCUCGAGCAGUGGGCCGCGCUCUCCACCGCCGGCACCGAGGCGCUGGUGAGUUCCUUACGGCCUCUUUCGCCUCUCACUCGCCUCGAGCAGUGGGCCGCGCUCUCCACCGCCGGCACCGAGGCGCUGGUGAGUCCCUUACGGCUUCUUUCGCCUCUCACUCGCCUCGAGCAGUGGGCCGCGCUCUCCACCGCCGGCACCGAGGCGCUGGUGAGUCCCUUACGGCCUCUUUCGCCUCUCACUCGCCUCGAGCAGUGGGCCGCGCUCUCCACCGCCGGCACCGAGGCGCUGGUGAGUCCCUUACGGCCUCUUUCGCCUCUCACUCGCCUCGAGCAGUGGGCCGCGCUCUCCACCGCCGGCACCGAGGCGCUGGUGAGUCCCUUACGGCCUCUUUCGCCUCUCACUCGCCUCGAGCAGUGGGCCGCGCUCUCCACCGCCGGCACCGAGGCGCUGGUGAGUUCCUUACGGCCUCUUUCGCCUCUCACUCGCCUCGAGCAGUGGGCCGCGCUCUCCACCGCCGGCACCGAGGCGCUGGUGAGUCCCUUACGGCCUCUUUCGCCUCUCACUCGCCUCGAGCAGUGGGCCGCGCUCUCCACCGCCGGCACCGAGGCGCUGGUGAGUCCCUUACGGCCUCUUUCGCCUCUCACUCGCCUCGAGCAGUGGGCCGCGCUCUCCACCGCCGGCACCGAGGCGCUGGUGAGUUCCUUACGGCCUCUUUCGCCUCUCACUCGCCUCGAGCAGUGGGCCGCGCUCUCCACCGCCGGCACCGAGGCGCUGGUGAGUCCCUUACGGCCUCUUUCGCCUCUCACUCGCCUCGAGCAGUGGGCCGCGCUCUCCACCGCCGGCACCGAGGCGCUGGUGAGUCCCUUACGGCCUCUUUCGCCUCUCACUCGCCUCGAGCAGUGGGCUGCGCUCUCCACCGCCGGCACCGAGGCGCUGGUGAGUCCCUUACGGCCUCUUUCGCCUCUCACUCGCCUCGAGCAGUGGGCCGCGCUCUCCACCGCCGGCACCGAGGCGCUGGUGAGUCCCUUACGGCCUCUUUCGCCUCUCACUCGCCUCGAGCAGUGGGCCGCGCUCUCCACCGCCGGCACCGAGGCGCUGGUGAGUCCCUUACGGCCUCUUUCGCCUCUCACUCGCCUCGACCAGUGGGCCGCGCUCUCCACCGCCGGCACCGAGGCGCUGAUCACCGGAAUAGAGCCCACGGAGCAGACCUACGUGAUGGUGACCGGCCACGAGCCCCUCGGCCACAGCCGCAUCCUCACCAUCCCCGCGCAGCUCAAGGACUUGGAGGCGAAGGACCUGAGCUACGCCUACACCGGGUCGGGGGUGCGAGUGUGGUGGCGGGGCGCCGGGCCCAGGACGGUGCGCUUCGCCCAGAACAUCACGCGCCCCGUCGAGCACUGGGCCAGCCUGGCCGUGGCCGGGCCCCAGGCCGAGCUGGAGAACCUGGACCCUGCGCUGCCGGUGUACGUGAUGGUGACCAUCCCGGGGCCCGGGAAGCCCAACCAGGUGCUCACCAUACCGCCCCGACCCACCGACAACUACAAUAUGUACUUGACGGUGGGCGUCGGCGUGGGCGUCGCCGUGCUAUGCGCCUUGUCUUUCGUUGCCGCAUGCGUUUGGAGAAAAUACAACAAGAAUCGCUCACCUGCGAGAACCCGCAGAAGGAACCAGUCACCCACUGAAGGCAGCGAUGAAGACGGCUCAGAAUUGAAGGAGGGGCGGGCGGGUGGCGUGGGCGGGCGGCUGGCCAACGGGGGCGCCUGCGGCGAGCCGCUGCUCAACGGACAUCCGGCCCACGCACACGCGCACUCGCUCGCGCCGAACGGCAAGCCGCAGCGCGCCCUGUACGCGGCGUUCGACGUGUCGCGCGACGAGCACGACACGACCGCCGAGACGACGCUGGCCGGGACUCCCCCGCGGCUGCCGCUGCUCGACACCUCGCGCGCCAAGCUGCCCGACGACAACAUGAACUGCGAGCACCGGCCGCAGCCGCUGCAGCCCAACGGC